CAGAUAGCUACGACAAUGCAAUCAUCAAGCAGCUCGUAAAAGAAAAAAGCUAUAGCUCACGCGGCUGAAGUGACAACCGCAAAUGAGGGAUUUGAAAGCUGAAAACGGGGGAUAUGAUGACACGCUGAGUGCCCCAGUGCGUUUCCUGGAAUACCAAUUCUUCCGUGGGUCUGCCGAAAUGCUGCAUAGGCGGUAGAAUGUUAAGCCGUUUUGAUGGAUGUACUAACAGUCAGCGGUCUCACAUUUAACGUGAAGACAACACAACCAGAGGAUGUCGAUCUAGUGGAGAACACAGGACUAUGUGAUCAGAGUGGAGAACUGAGGCUCGGUGGACUCGUUGAUGCUGCUCAUCCCCCCUCCUCUCCAGCCCCCGCCGCAGGGACAUCGCAGAGGGUCUACCCCACCCACCAGAGGUCCACACCUGCAUCCCCCAUCCUCCCCCUGCCCCUUGACACUGAAUCCUCUCUGAGCCUGACUUUGGUCCCCUGCCCUCUAGCCCAUGAGGUUCAACCUAUAGCCCCUCACGUGCACGGCACCCCGAUUCCCUCCUCGCUUCCUAGCCCAGCCAUAAGUUCCUGGGUCCCAACGGAAGAUCCCCACAAGGCCACCCUACCACUGCCUGUUUCCCUGCCCCUGUCAUCCACAAUGAUGGAGCCUGGCACUGUCUCGGUCCUGACAGACGAGUGUCUUCUACAGCCUAGCCGAACCUGCCUUGGCUGUUUCAUUGAGACCACAGACCAUAACUCCAUCCAUGAAACCCCCCAUGACCCUACCACCAACCCCGACCCCGAGCCUGGCUUAAGUGUGAGGAUAGGCGAUGUGGGUCGAGAGGACUUCUCGGACAUCAACAACAUAAGCAUCCAGUGCCUGAGCCAUGCUGGGGAAGCAGGUAGCCACUAUGGAGAACAGCUCCUUUCUGAUCAGCUCCUCAACUUCCCCCUGCCCAAAGCCCCUGGCGAGGGCAAGAGAGGGGACGGGGACAAAAUAACAGACUGUGAUGACCCAGAAGAUGAUGCAACCACAAAGAAUCUAUAUGAGGGGUUGUUACUGGACAAGGUGAAUGGAGAGGAGGUUCUGUUAGCUAAUGCCGGUCAGGAUUGGGGCUAUUUUGAGUCUUUCAUCAGUGAGAGCAAGAUGGAGCUCCUUGACCUGUGCUCCAAGAAUGAACUGUCAGUAAACCUCUUCUCAGAGGAGGAUGUCGAUAACCUAUUUGAUGAUGAGGACGAUGACUCCACUUUAAGCAGCGAUGUUUGUUCCCUAAAGAUUCGCUACGAGUCAUUCCAGGACAACAUGAGGGAGAAAACAAAUGUUCUCCAGGAGGAGACCCAGUUCAACUUCUUCCCCAGUGUCCUGGCCAAUUGUGGCAAAAAGGAAGAGGGAGUGGCGGUGCCAAAAAGGGGUGCAGAGAAGCACCCGCCAAAAUCGGAAGACCUCAUACUCGUGGCCGAGCAGGUGGAGAAAGCCGGGGACUGCAGUAGUGGAAGUCCCCUCGAUGGCUCCCAAGCCUCACCCAUGUCCACCCCUAAAGUAAACUACCUACUGGACUUCAACUCCACCGAGGAGUCGGGCGAGUAUAGCGAUGACAGUUCCUGCACUGGCUCUUCUUCAGACACCCUGCAGGAAGGCAAACUAAAGAAAGGCCACUCCAGACGGUUUUUAAGCCCCUCCAAUCCUCUCAACUAUGGCUUGCGCUCCAAAAGGAAGGUCCGAUACAGUGAUGACUACCUAUAUGAUGUUGACUCAAUUGAGAGUGAGAAAAACACAGAGAAGAAAGAAAAGGCACCAUCAGGUCAAAAGGAAGAGGAGGACGUAGACUGGUGUCCCAAGAAACGCCGGAAAUCCUGCCGUAAAGAGCCCCCCGUAGUCAUCAAGUAUAUUAUCAUCAACCGGUUUAAAGGAGAGAAACACAUGUCAGUGAAAUUGGGAAGAAUGGAUCCUGUGGAAGAUAGUGUGAGCUUAAAUGCAGACUCAGUGAGCAAGUAUGAAACAUUGGCUCCUCUAAAGAAUUUCUGGCAAGAGAGGCAAAGGAAAAGAGAGGAGCAGCUUAAGCUGGCUGCCAGAGAUAAACGGCAACGCAGUUUCCAUCUAAAUGGACGCCAUCAUCGCCCAUUCAAUUCCAGUCACCCCAAAAGGAAAUAUAAGAUUGCAAAUAGGCUUAAGGUUCAGAGGAUUCACACAGUGGAGCAAUCAGCAACAACACCGGGCUCCUGUCCCUCUGAUCAAGGUGUCACUAAAGAGGAGACCACCCCCAUGGACCUAGCAGGAGUAAUUGAAGCCCCCACCUUCCCACUCACAUUAGACUCUAACGCCAUUGCACAGGCAGUCACAGCCAAGAGUCGCUCCCAGGAGAGGGAAGAGAGGGAGGCGAGACUGGGAGGAAAUGCAACAGGCAGGAUAAGGAAAUUUAAAAGUGAAGCCCGACUGAGGAGCAUGAAAAUGAAAGCAGCUGAGGGAGAGGAGGGGAGGAGUGUGACAAAUGUAAUGGAUGCAUUUGCCACUGUGGCACAGAUUGAGGGCCCUACCGCAGGGUUAGGCGAGACAAGCUCAAACACAGUCAGCACCCAUUUCUCUGACACCUCUGCCACUAAUAACACACCUGAGGAGAAAUUUCCUUUUGUUUCCUCAACUUGCUCCCCCGACAAAGCGAGAUCAUCAGAGGAGGUGGAGGACGGGGUGUCUGUCAUCCCCGGGGGCUACCUGCAGACCCUGUUAGACGGCACAGACUCGUCCGGUGGAGCGGCCAUCUCUUAUUUCCCCCAGCAAACCUCCAGGCAGCAGUAUCCUCUGGGUACGUCCCUAGAGGAGAAACAGUUUACUUCAAUGCAGCUCGCUCAGAGCUGUGUCCUCUCUCCUCCCUCGGAGUCGGAGCUCCAACAGUCACCCCAAAACUGCCCGAACUUUUCCCAGAUGUGGCAUCCUCAGCUUUGCCCCAGCCACGGCCAGAGCUUCGGGCCUGACACCAACGAAACUCCCAUUUUACCCAACAACUGCCCUGCUACAUUACCCUUGAAUGACAGCUUGCCCGUAUCCAACUAUAACCAACUGAGUUCUGAGGCUGACAGGCUGCUUUACCAAAAGAGCUACCUAGCCCAGGCUGGACUGCAGCCCGGGGCAGAUAUGCAAGUAUGUCAGUCUGCUGCUCUGGAUGGCCAGGUGCAAUAUCAGAGAGGAUCGCUGUGCACAGACAAUGGCAGGCUCAUCAGCUAUGACUCAGUGGGCUCUCUGUCAGCCUCAUCCAGCAAUUACAGCUCCCUGAGCCUCAAGUCCUGCGAGCGUGAGGGUGAGGAAGAGGGCCGAGACAACUUCUUAGCUCACUGCAGUCCGAAAGUGGUGAUUCAGCAGAGUUUGGACGCCCUCACCCCUCUCAGGGAGUCUUCAGACCUACUAGAUAUCUCCAACUUCACCCCUGACAAGUUUAGACACUCGUCACUGUCAGAGCUCUCCCCUCCCGAGACCCCUAAUCUGUCACCCCAGGUGGUGUGGCGUGAGAUAAAGAUGACGGGGAAAGCUGGGGAAUAUCAGGAGGGAAAUGAUUCUACACUGGACAACAGUAGGGAGGUGAAGUGGAACGGUGAUGUUAUUCAGCAGCAGGAGCACAGCGGUCCGUAUACGGCUGAAGAUGGCCAGUUCACACUGCAACACUUUAACAGCGAGGGAGGCUUAGGUUUAGAUAAAAAGGUGUUGGUUAGUACAGAUUUUGAUGAACACACUACUGAGAUUAAUGGUAUGAAAAGCACAAAGACAAAGAAAAAAGGCAGUUACAAACAAACCCCUGCAGGUCAAGGCCCUAAGAAGAGCCGGGCUCCUAAAGCAACCAAGACAGAAAAGGUCAAAGCUCCCAAACAGAACUCUCGCUCCACCAAAAAGAUCAAGGCCAUGUUAGAGGGUAAGGCUGCAAAGAAUCAAGCUGGUGGUUGUGGCACAGGCCUAACUGACAGUAGCAGCACUGGUGACUGGUCUGGCACCGGAUGGUCAGAGAACAACAGUCUGGUAGGAGAUGACCAGAGAGAAUUCGAGGAACCCUCCAACAUUCUGUCCAACAUUGUCUCUGGCAUGGCGGAAGUCCAGAGAUUCAUGAUGGCCUCCAUUGAGCCAUUAUGGGACCCAAUGGCUGAGGCCUGUAUAACCCCUGAGGCUAAUAGCCUCAACCUAAAGACCCUGAAAAUCUUGGCAGGCACAGAGGCUGACCUGAAGAAAAAAGGAGCCCUCCUAACAGGUGCUGGCAGAGGGAGAAAGGCUGGGGGAAAGGGAGGCAAAAACCAGGCCAAAUUCAAUCCGUCCCACCCCUUAUUCCCGCAACUUGCUCUGGGCUGUAAUAUGUUUGACAAGCCUAACUUUAUUAACCCUGGGCCUGCACACAAAAAGUUGUACCGCCACAAGACCAGUGCAAAGUUCCCUCGGAUUGAGACACUGAAAGGGAAGCGAGCUGAGAGAGACCCAAAUAAGGACAUAGCUCUGAUGGCCUCUUUUGAGACACUGAGGUAA